AUGACCGAUACUAAUAACCCCAUACUCGAAAGUAAUUCUGAGCCAAAUGAAAUAAAACAUACUGACACGGAAAAUAAUGAACAUUCUUACUACGACAAAGUAGCUCCAGACAAUAUGCUUUUUGAAAAUUCGACACAAAAACCCACGGAGAACGUUGAGAGCCUUGCCACUGAAGAGCCUACAAAUGGUUAUAAUGUAAAUGAAAAAAAGGAAGAGAAAGGAGAUCCUCCUUCUCCCCCUUCUGAGAAGGAAGCCUUAACUUCAACUGAUAGAUCGACUGAAAAAACUGAAGAUAUUACUGACAGGGUUAACACAACGACAAAAAAAAGAAAAUUCGUCGAAAAUCCGUUUGUUGCCAUAAUUCCCAUAGUUCUCAAUUUGUUGCAUGUUCUUUUUAGAGAGCAACUACAAAAGUUGUUAAACAAUAAAGCUGAUAACCCAUAUGAAACAUUCUUGAGUGAGAAACCGGUUUACAUUGAUCGUGCUUCUGCCGACAAACAUAUUAAUGUUUGUAUCAAUGGCAUCAAUUAUUUGCUGUUGGAAGGUCAACAAAUCGCUCUAAUCGAUGACCCGAUGAGAACUUUUAAGUAUAUCAUAAUUUUUUACGUAUCUUGGUGUAUUAUGUCAUGGAUGAGCUUUCAAUCCUUUAUUAUUACCGCCCUUAUUCUCGGAUUUACUCUUCCAAAAGCCUAUCAGUGUAACAAGACUACUAUUGAUGAAAAAUUGGAUCAUAUACUUAAAAUUGUAUAUGAGUAUUGGGAACGGUUUGCUGCUAUUGCUAAACACCAUACAAAGGAUUAUGCCGAUAAAGUUACACCUUUAAUUGCUAAAACAGGCUUGAUUCCCAAUAAUAACAAGACCUCUGAAAAAGUUACGAAAGAAGAAUAA